CGCAGAGCCAAACCCUCUUGACGAACGCGCAGACUGCCCUCCCCAAGACAGCCAUUGACGAGAACAAGAUGGGCGCGAACUCGUCCAAGCCGUCCGGCACCCAGCCGCCACACGUGUGGAAGGGGUCAUCGCCCGCCAGCGUAUCACAUGAGAUGGUCGAGUCGCUACAGUCGAGCCCAGAGACCGACGCAUCCCGCGCCCAGCUGGCCGAGCUCCAGGUGCAGGCCCGCGUCGCCUCGGAGCUGCGCAAGCUGCAGCACGAGGAGGAGAAGCGGCUCAGGGAGCUGACCGACAAGCUGGCCUCGGCGCCGGGCGACGACAGCAAGCAGCCGUCCGUGACGCGGCACGAGGUUUCCAAGGACGUGCAGGCGCUGCGGGCGAAGCUGGAGCAGAGGAAGGGCGUGCGCGAGGUGCCCGAGGCCGUCGAGGCCGCGCGUGGGGACGUCGUGCGCUGCCUGCGCGAGAACGACCGCCGGCCGCUGGACUGCUGGAGGGAGGUGGAGCGGUUCAGGGAGGAGGUGCGUCGCCUGGAGAAGGGGUGGGUUGAGAAGGUUGUAUCGUGAGGUCGCCGAAACGAGGCGUACACCCGUGCGCCCACCCAGAAAGGGAAGUUCAACCAGGAAACUGCAAACUGCAUCUGUGGGAGCGUGUAUUAUAUGGGGACUGUUCUGGACGCGUUAAAAGGGAGAAAAUAUAUCAAAGCCCUGGCCCCGCAACGACAGUGGAUAUUCCAGCAAAACUUAAACCAGUGUCGGAAUUAUUGUAUUUGUUCUAGCGAGUCCAGGCCCGGAGCGUCGUCAGCCUGGCUGCUUUGCUGCUGCUGCUGCUGCUGCUGCUGCUGCUGCUGCU